AUGGCGUACGCAACAGCAAUAUACACAUAUGGAGAAGGAAUGCGCAAAAGGGAACCAUUUUUAGUUUAUACCAAAUCUCGUAUUGCACCCAUAAAAGGAAUGACCAUACCGCGAUUAGAACUGCUUGCUAUUCUCAUUGGAGCAGGACGAUUCGUACUAAAUCAAUUAGUCUUAAAAGACGCAAAGGUGAUAUUAUGGUCUGAUCUGAUUCCAAGUUUGAGUUACAUUCGAUAA